CUCUGUCUGUUCAGGCUGCUUCUUGCUCUGGUCUCAGAAAAGAAAGGAGUGCUGCUCCUUUCCUGGGGUAUGCUAUUUGAGAAAGAGAGUAACCUAACACUAACUGCAGGCGGGGUCAGAGUGAUGUAACAGGAAGCUCUGAUGUUUCCCUUCUGCUGCUGAUCACUUACAAUCUGACAACACUUCUAAUCUACUCAGAACAACUCCUGUCUCUCCAGCAGAGUGUCACCUCCUGCCUUGGGCCAUCAGGCUCUGCUAACCAGAGCUCACCCUGCCUGCAGGAUCACAUUGCAUGGCUUUCACUCUUUCUCACCUUGCCUGGGAGUAAAUCUCUUUUGCGGAAUCUCAGAAAAUCAAAUUCCAUCCUGAGGCUAUUUCACCAAGAAUUUCCUUAGGAGCUGUGCUGGGGCCCUACGAUGAUACACCAACUACUUGUGCUGCUACCUCUCAAAAGUUUGGAUGGCCCUACUUUCAGGUCAUGACCCUUGGAUUUAAGAAAGUCUUCAAGAAAAUGUUGAAUACAAUUCAAGAGAAAAUGUGAUUUGAAUCUGGAGACAACUGUGUAUAUAACAUAAUAAUAAAAACUAAGGAUAGCUGAUAGAAGAGUACAAAAUUUGGAAAUUGCUACAAUUAACAAGAAAAGCUGCUUCAGUUUGAUUUAUAUUACAUAGCAUAUUGCUUCUGGACUCUGAUAAUGGAGAAAAAGUGUGUCCUGUAUUUUCUGUUUUUCUUGCCUUGUUUUAUGAUUCUUGUCACAGCAGAAGUUGAAGAAGAACUCUCUGAUGACUUAAUUCAGUUGGGGGUUACUAGAAAUAAAAUCAUGACAGCUCAGUAUGAAUGUUACCAAAAAAUUAUGCAGGACCCCAUUCAACAAGCAGAAGGCAUUUACUGCAACAGAACCUGGGAUGGUUGGCUAUGCUGGAAUGAUGUUGCAGCAGGAACUGAGUCAAUGCAACACUGCCCCGAUUACUUUCAGGACUUUGAUCCUUCAGAAAAAGUCACAAAGAUUUGUGACCAAGAUGGAAACUGGUUCAGACAUCCAGCAAGCAACCGAACCUGGACAAAUUAUACCCAGUGUAAUGUUAAUACACACGAAAAAGUCAAGACUGCACUGAACUUGUUUUACCUGACCAUAAUUGGACAUGGAUUAUCUAUUGCAUCACUUCUUAUCUCACUUGGCAUAUUCUUUUAUUUCAAGAGUCUAAGUUGCCAAAGGAUUACCUUGCACAAAAAUCUGUUCUUCUCUUUCGUUUGUAACUCUAUUGUAACAAUUAUUCACUUCACGGCAGUGGCCAACAACCAAGCCUUAGUGGCCACAAAUCCUGUUAGUUGUAAAGUGUCUCAGUUUAUCCACCUUUACCUGAUGGGCUGCAACUACUUCUGGAUGCUCUGUGAAGGCAUUUACCUGCACACACUCAUUGUGGUGGCUGUGUUUGCUGAGAAGCAGCACUUGAUGUGGUAUUAUUUUCUUGGCUGGGGAUUUCCACUGAUUCCUGCCUGCAUACAUGCCAUUGCCAGAAGCUUAUAUUACAAUGACAAUUGCUGGAUCAGUUCUGAUACACAUCUCCUUUACAUUAUCCAUGGUCCAAUUUGUGCUGCUUUACUGGUGAAUCUUUUCUUCCUAUUAAAUAUUGUACGUGUGCUCAUCACCAAGUUAAAAGUUACACACCAGGCAGAGUCCAAUCUCUACAUGAAAGCUGUGAGAGCUACUCUUAUCCUGGUGCCAUUGCUUGGCAUUGAAUUUGUUCUUAUUCCCUGGAGACCUGAAGGAAGGAUUGCUGAGGAGGUAUUUGACUACAUCAUUCACAUCCUUAUGCACUUCCAGGGUCUUUUGGUCUCUACAAUUUUCUGCUUUUUCAAUGGAGAGGUUCAAGCAAUUCUGAGAAGAAACUGGAAUCAAUACAAAAUCCAAUUUGGAAACAGCUUUUCCCACUCAGAUGCUCUCCGUAGUGCAUCCUACACAGUGUCCACAAUCAGUGAUAGUCAUGAAUGUCCUAGUGAACACUUAAAUGGAAAAAGCAUCCAUGAUAUUGAAAAUGUUGUCUUGAAACCAGAAAAAUUAAGUGAUAUAGUUAUAUGAAAAUAGAGGCAUCAUUGCCUGAUUCAUGCCAAUCUUAACUCAAGGAUUUGGACCUGUGAUUUUACAGCAGAAGACUUCAAUAUUAAAUGAAUUUCUCUAAAGCCAUAAAGACAGCCUUCAACUUAAAGGAGAAUUGUGUUGAUAAAUUUUUGACAACUAGCUCUAUGUGGGGAAGAAGGCCCUGAUUUAUAUAGUUUGCCAGUAAAUACUUUGACUAUGGCAGAUUUCAAACUACCAACUUGACAUCACUGAAUGUGGAACUGGGAAAAAUGAUAGGCACAGUUGACUCUCAUGAGCUUAUGUGGGUCAGCUGCAGCACAUCACUGCAAGAACUGACAGAUGAGUAAGACCAAAGGUUCACGUACACAUUGGGUAUAACAUUACUCUCGUCACCUAAGGAGAUCUAGCUAAGUUUUCCACACUUUGAAGAGAAAGUUAGUUUUUACAUGUUGGCUGUUUAAAAUCUUAAUCCCAGUGUCACAGGUGUAGUUGAUUUUUGCUUACCCAGAAAGCAUUCUAACCCUUUUUUGUAAUACCUUUUCAAAUGGACCAGACAGAGUUAAUUAUCCCUGUUGGCUUACCCUCUUCUCCCUAUGAAAAGUAACAGAGUUUCUAUGAGCUAUUCAUUUUCUGAUACAUCUUGAUUAUAUUCUAUGGCAUGUCCUUUUUUGAGACUUAGUGAACAGGCUGCAUGAUAUGUGAUCCUACUUCUGUAUCAUUAGGGAGACAUCCUAGUUAAUGCUAUAAAACACCUAGCAGCUACUUCCUGCUUUGCUAUAGGAGUGGGAGGGAAUCAGUUUCCCUGAAUCUGUAAAUAGAAAUCUUUGCCCCUUCCAUUUCUACUGUGUAGACAAAUUAGCAAUCAUUUUAGAUGAAGGAAAUCAAUGAAGGAUUUCUUAUUAUCUUGGAAGUUUGUAAAAAAAAAAAAAAAGAUUGUUGUGAAAAAUGAGCUUGUAAAUACUCCAGUAUUUUAUUUUAUAGUCUCAAAUGCCCACUACCUAGGUAUUUUUUUUUAAAAAGUAGAUACAUAAUGCAACAAUGUAUACAUGUUAAUAUCUGAUACUGUGUCUGGGCUGACUUCAUAAUAAAAUAGAGUCUGGUAUUCUAUAUUUGGUAAAUAUUUUAAGGACAACCAGAUGCCAGCAUCAGAAGUUUGAGAGCAAAAAAUAAAACAUAAACAUCUAUGGUAAAUAUAAAAUAUUUAUUUUAAAAAUGAAAGGCCAUUAUCUUAUUGACAUAUUAGUUUUGUAAUUCAUACCCUAAUAGUGGGUGUGCUUGACAUAUUUUCCUUCCAUUUCGAUGAUGAACUCAUAAUCUAGAAAUUUUCAACAGCUACUGUAAUAAAUGCCAAUUUACUCUCCGUAUGGGUUUUACCACAUUAAAGUACUAUUUUACUGACUUAUACUAUAAGAUUAAAUAUGGGUUUGGAAAUGUCCCAGAUUAUUAAAGAAAAGAAACUAGAGGAAGACAUAUAUAACAAUGUUUUAUUAGGGAACAAUUGUCAGACAUUUUUUCAAUAAUUAAAUUAAGAUGGUAGGAAAAUUUGCUAAUGAAUUAAACUGACAUUUAAAUGGGAUUCAGUUUUUCUAAUGUUAUUUUCACUGGAAUCUCCAAAGAACAACAAUGACUUCAAUUAGUGAACAUCAAUUUUAGGACAAGUUUUUAUGUGGUGUGUUUUUUAAGUGUGUCAACUUUAGAUGGAUUGAAAUAAUGAUUUAUUAUCAUAAGUUGUUUCUUAAGCCAUCGAUAAUGUUGAGUUCUGAAGUCAUUUGAAAUUGUCAAGGAAAAUUCUCUAAAUUAGUAAGAAUUUACAUACUAAAUGGUCUGGUAAAUGCAUUUAUAAUUUAUCUAUGCAUGUAAAGGUAUCAUUAAGUUAGUUUCAAAUUUACAAAUUUCAUAGCAAGCUGUUAUAAAAAGGAACGCAGGCUGUUCUGAACUUUCAACUGCCUAAAUUAUACAAAAUUUCCACUUAAUAAAUUCAAUUUUAGCUAUUUAUUGUCAAAGACACAGAUUCAUGUCUUUUGCAGACAAUGUCCAUGUAUUUCAGCAUUCUUCUAGACAAUCUGUCAGUUUCAACCCUACAUGGCAGUAGAAAUGUUGAAUUGUCAGAGAGCAUGUUAAAAUGAUAUUGUAAUUUUGAAGUAUUUUUAUUGUGCUUUGAUCUUAUUUAGUGUGGAUGAGAUUGAGAUUUCUUUUAUUGCCAAGGUUCAUCUGAUAUACAGUGCUCAGAUGUACCAGUCAAUCUGUGAUUAAUCAGUAUUAGUUUUAUACUCAAAUAUUUUAAAAUUAAUAUUUUUAAAUAAUAGAUUUCUCUAAAGGUGAACUGCUAAUUAAGAUCUUUGUAUCUUACUUGUAAAGAAAAAUAAUUCUGAUAUUUUUAAGAAGAAAACUUCUUUGGUAUAUAAAAACUAAUUUGGGGAAUUUCUAGCUUUUAAAACAUAGAUCUGACAUUUUCCUGCAAUUGUGAAAGUCAUAAUUUAAUUUUCUAAAAAUUCUAUUUUGUCAUUUUUUUCAAAAGUUGUUUUCUAGUGAAUUCAUUACAAAACAUCCAAUCUGAAAUUUAUUGUUUGUUCAAAUGUAACCUAAUGUACAUGGAAUUUCUGGUUGUAGUGCUAUAUGUAUUGAUCAUAAAUUUUAAUGUGAAUUUAAUUUCUCUUGGUUUUAAUCUGCUAAUAGAAACAUUAUCUGUAAAAAUAUUCAAGGUAUUAUGAUCAAUUAAAACAACUCAUGUUAUAUCUACUUAAAA